UACAUGAACAAGAUAACUGUAGACAUGCAAACGGAGACCAUGUCUGCUCAUGUCAAAGGACGGAUCAAACAGUCAGCCAUGAACAGACCGGUUUAUCUAAAAGGUCACUCUGCCACCAGCCAAGAUAAAACAGUGAACCUGUUUGUGUCAGCGGUCUCAUUUGCAUCUCGUAUUUUUGUUUAAGGGACGGUUACAUUCCGUGCUAGGGUCAGGCAAUGUAAACAAAAGAAAUGCGAGGUCUGUCUGCAGAACAGGGAAAGACAAGUAUACAAGAGACAAUUAGGUGAGUUGUGCUCAUCAGUUCAAAGUGCUUCCCAUUCACAUUUAUACUAUUUCAAGCCCUUACAAAUCUCGCACUCAACCACUUAGCAGGUGACGUCUGUUAAAUAGUGGCCCUGCAUUCGGCCACUCACGAGAAAUAACAAUCAUGACCGAGAAACGCAUCGUGUAAGUAGCCGUUAGCAUAGCUAAUUUAUAUUGUAACCUUGUUAAUAUAUACUUUGGACCUGGUUAUUUCAUGUCGUCUGCAUGACUUUGGACUGGAACAACACGGACAAAGCCAAUCUGCAGGACGUUUGAUUACGUACUCGUGGGCCACAUAGUGAGUGAAGGCACAGACCAGAAGGCUCUGAAACAAAAAGCCUUCAUCGAGCAGCUUGAGAAGAAAAAAAUCAGCGUCACUAGGAUCGUUUAUGAUGACAAAAUGUUUUUUGGCCUCCGGGCUUCCAAUGACCUGUUGCAAGACUACCAGUACCUUCUGAAAGUCUCAGACUCCUGCAACUGGUGUGGAGAUUUAGGAGGCCAGCCCCCCCAAACAACCAGGAUACGAAUCAUCCAUUUCAUCCUUAAUCAUACCUACAUAAACAAUGGAGAGAACCUAAAGGAACUGUUAAAGAAGGAUGUGUUUGAAACCAUGUUCUGCCUCCAUGAGAAAGAAACCCGGAAGAAGCUAAAGAAAAAGUGGGCGCGCUGGUCGGCUCUCUGUAAAGGACAACCAGUCACCGACAUCCAGGGCUACUUUGGGGAGAAGGUGGCCUUGUACUACCUGUGGCUGGGCUGGUACACCAAGCUGCUGAUUCCAGCUGCUGCUGUGGGUGUUGUUGUGUUUUUGUAUGGACUCGCCUUCUUUAACACCAACCCUCUCAUUAAGGAAGUGUGUCAGUCCAGCAUCAUUAUGUGUCCUCGCUGUGAUAAGAGGUGUACAGUGUGGCAGCUGUCAGACACCUGCACCUACGCUAAGGUCAGCCACCUGUUUGACAAUGAGGGCACUGUGGCUUUUGCUAUGUUCAUGGCAAUCUGGGCCACUUUGUUCUUGGAGCUGUGGAAGAGAACCAGAUCCAGACAUGUUUCUCAGUGGAAGGUCUAUGACUGGAGUGAGCACGAGGAGGAACUGAUUAUGGAAAUAGUCAAUGAUCCAAACUGCACGCCGAAAAAGUUCAGACACUCCUACCUGCGCAGCACCGUGGUCCUCAUUCUGGUAACCCUCAUGCUGAUGCUGAUCAUUCUCCUCGCUCAAGCCCUGGUGGUGUUUCGAGUUGUGGCUGCCCCCCUGAUGUCUGAAGGCAGCUGGGAGUUUAUGAGGGAUCAUGCCAACACUGUGGCUGUCAUGUUUGGAGCUGUACUGCACUAUCUCACCAUUCAGAUCAUGACCAGAGUCAACAGAUGGGUGUCCCUAAAGCUGUGUGCUAUAGAGAAGACCAACUCAUCUGCAGCCACAGAGAAGAGCUUCACAGUCAAGAUGUUCACCUUCCAGUUCUUCACUCUCUUCUCCUCACUCUUCUAUGUGGCCUUUUUCCUGGGCAGGAUAAACGGCCGUCCCGGGGACUAUGCACGUAUUGCUGGAUGGAGACUGGAAGAGUGCCAUCCUAGUGGUUGUUUGACAGACCUCUUCAUCCAGAUGGCCAUUAUCAUGCUGCUCAAACAGACUCUCAACAACAUCUUUGAGUUCUCUGUGCCGUGGGUUAAGAACCGUCUGGGCAAAAGCGUUGCAAAGAAGCUGCAUAGGAAGUGUGGUCAAUGUUACAGGAAGGCCUGUCGUGAUGGUCAACGUGCCGAACCAUGUGACAUCUGCAACCUUAAGGACUGGGUGGAAAAUUACCAUCUGGACAACACAGACUUCUUCAGUCUGUUCAAUGAGUUCUUGGAGAUGGUGGUCCAGUUCAGUUUCACCACCAUAUUUGUGGCAGCGUUCCCCCUCGCCCCCCUGCUGGCUCUCAUCAACAAUAUCUUUGAAAUCCGCCUGGACGCUAUCAAGAUGGUCCACUUGGAGCGGCGGAUUGUUCCAAGGAAGACCAAUGACAUCGGUGUGUGGACGAAGGUGCUGGAGGUGAUCGGCGUGUUAGCAGUGAUUGCUAACGGUCUGGUCAUCGGGGUCUCAUCAGACUUCAUUCCCCGCCUUGUCUACCGUUACCGUUAUGGCCCCUGUGCUAAUGGAAGCAGUCUCACACACUGCAUGCAGGGCUACAUCAACGACACUUUGUCUACGGCUGUUGUGUCACACAUGGCUGUUAGAAACGACUUUCUACCCAAUCAGAUGAUCACAGACAAGGGCUUCAACGUCACACAGUGCAGCUACAGAGACUACAGGAGUGAUGAGGACUACACUCUGACUGCUCAGUUCUGGUUGGUUUUGGCUGUACGCUUUGCCUUCGUUAUCUUGUUUGAGCAUGUUGUGGUGGUGUGCAAGUUUGUAGCAGCCUGGUUUGUCCCCGACAAUCCACUUCAGGUGAAGAAUGACCGGCUGCUCGACAAAAUGGCCCGGCUGAAGCAUGAGCUAGAGAAAAUUAAACGGAGCAAAUCAACGGAAGUCUGACCACAUGCAUCUGACCUCAGAUCUAUGAGUCCUGACUUGUAGGCUGUUGUUGGAACACGGAAUGGACUUUACUAAACUGUAAUGUUGUGUGAGGUUUAUGUGUCAUUUGAUGUUUCUUUAUUACUUGCUCCUUGUUAUACAAACAUCACGUAAUGUUUUUAUAUAUUAAAUUUGAGAAAAAAAAUAUUGUUGUCUGUUAAUGUUCUGUAGAGGUUAUUUUUGUUCCUACGAUAUGGAUCACAGA